GUUGGUGGGCAGGGCGACCUUGAUACAAUUUACGCUGUAGCAGUGCCCACACACCCAGUAGACGGCAGUAUCCGCUGACGCUCACACACUGACCCCGCCUCUCACCAGCACCACACCACCACCGGUCGCCACAACCACCACAAUGCCUGAGUACAAACUGGUUUACUUCAACGCCAAGGGUCGGGCCGAGUUGACCAGAUGGAUCCUCGCCUAUGGUGGCACCGCUUACACUGACGAGCGCGUCGAGCUGGAGAAUUGGCCUGAGAGGAAGAAGACCAUCAUGACGGGAAAAGUGCCGAUGUUGGAGAUAGACGGUAAACAACUACCACAGUCCUUAGCUAUUGCCCGCUACGUAGCCAAGAAGGCCGGACUAGUGCCUGAAGACGCUCUCCGAGCAGCUUACUGUGAUGCCCUUGUCGACACGGUCUCAGAUCUGAUAACCGAGGGGCAUAAGGCCAAGACCAGCGGUAAGAGUGAGGAGGACGGGAAGAAGGCCGUACGGGAGGAGUUCAUCCCUAACCACGCAGAGCCUGUCAUGGAACGCCUUAACAAGCACCUGGGGGAGAAGGAAUGGUACACGUCAGGCAAGAUCACCUGGGCUGACCUGUCGAUAGCCUCGUAUUUCGGUGAGGAAACUAACGGGUUCUCCUCUAAAUUGCUGGACAAGUACCCGGCACUGAAGGCCCACAUCCAAAAAGUGAGAAAUCUACCCAAAAUCAAAGAGUGGCUCGCAAAACGCCCAGUGACUUCAAUGCUGUUAACCAAUCGACCAGACUCUGCAGCUGUCAACCAAUCGACAAACUCUACAGCUGUCAACCAAUCGACAGACUCUACAGCUGUCAACCAAUCGACAGACUCUACAGCUGUCAACCAAUCGACAGACUCUACAGCUGUCAACCAAUCGACAGACUCUACAGCUGUCAACCAGGUUAUUCAUACAACUAUGAACUUGAUCAAACAGUUACAAAAUAGAUCGUGCCGCUCAUCACUUCCCCCCUCCCGUGCCCGUCAGCAAUGUGGUGAUGAGUCAGCCGGCAGUCAGGCGUGCAUAAGACCGUGGUGCGGCACGACUCCACCACAGUUCACCGCAGACCCUCGCUUCGUACACAACACCCGCAGCCGUCUUCUCUCGCGCCCUUCUCUAGCCACCACCACCACAACCACCAUCAUGCCUGAAUACAAGCUGAUCUACUUUAACGCCAGGGGUCGCGCUGAGCUGAGUCGUUGGAUCAUGGCUUACGGUAACAUCACCUACACGGACGAACGUGUCGAGAAGGAGGAUUGGCCCGAGAAGAAGAAGAGUCUUCACGGAGGCAAGGUGCCGCUGUUGAUGGUGGACGACAAGCCUCUGCCACAGUCUAUGGCCAUCGCCCGCUACCUGGCCAAGCAGGCUGGCCUCGUACCUCAAGACGACAUGGACAGCGCCUACUGUGACGCCGUGACUGACACUCUCAACGAUGUGACUGGAGAAGGUUAUAAGAUCAUGUUCUCGUCCAUGAGUGAGGAGGAGAAGAAGAAGACCUAUCGGGAGGAGUUCUUCCCUAACGUGAUGGAGCCCGUGUUGGUCAGACUCAACAAGCGGCUGGAGGAGAGAGAGUGGUUCGUCACGGACAAGGUGACGUGGGCGGACUUCAUGAUCUCACUGGUGUUCGGGGAGGUGAGGAAGAGGAAGGCUGACCUGCUUGAGCCUUUCCCCAAGGUAGUGGCUCUCGUCCAAAGGGUCAGGGACCUUCCAGCCAUCAAACAGUGGCUUGAGACAUCUCCUGAUACGCCAUUCUAAUCUCCAAUGAUUUUUUGUUUUGUUUUCACUUUCCAAAAUGUCAACAAUACUCUAAAACAACUAUUUCUUAAUUGACAUUCUUUUAAAAUAUUUCGAGUCAGUGAUCGUUUUCUAAUUUGGUUCAACGUGAGUCUUAAUAAUUAGGACUUUACUUUAGUCCUCAGUGAACGUUUAUUGUUUUUGCUCGAUAAACACCAUUCACUUUGAGACACCAGAGGCCUUAUAUGCGUGAUAACAUUUAGAUAACGUUUGAUUUAACUCAUCAUAGAGGGUCAUAUUAGCUCAAAACAUAUCCUAAAACUUAACCCAUCACACCAGUCUAAACACGUCUAAUGUUUUUCUUUAUAAAGACUAAAACUAAUUCUAAAUACCAGGAUAUUCUUGUUCCGUGUAUAUCAUAUCAGAGCUCUUGUCAACAUAACAGGAUACUAUGUCUGUUAUCGGUGUGUUUACAUGACCUGAUUCACACACUUGUAAUCAAACCUUACUAUCACCUGUGCCUGACUCACACGCUCACAAUUUAUUCAAAACUUUACACACACACACAUAAUCUAUCACACUACUGUAUUACAAACCAUCCAUUCUUUUUAAAUAAACUCUGCCUGACCGACGCUCAUACGAUCCGUCAUCCUCAACAACUCAGAUCCUUUAGUUACGACUUGUGAUAUUUAGAUAAAGUUUUGCGUUUUUUUUUUGCUUGGGGUUAUGUUGGAUUUGAGAUGUUAGACAUGUUAUUACGUUGACUGUAUACGUAUAUAUUAUGAGAAUCUUUAGGGAAAUUGGUUUAUGCAACAGUAAUGGAGUGGGCUGUAAUAUAUUGCUCUCAGAAAAUAAAUGUACGCAGUUUAAUUCAUUAUUUAAUAGGAUUUAUAUAAAUUCUUUAUAAUGAAUAUCUCACCAAUAAAGAGUUUGAAAAUU